AUGCAUGAGAAUGGUACGAUAAAUAAGCCUAUCUAUGUGCUUUGCUAUACGCCCAAUACUAGCAUAAUUAAGGAUAUCGUUUCAAUGGCAGCCACUCAACUGUCCCUUGCGGGUGUGCGUGCCUACAACAGUCCAGAAGAUAUGGAAUACGAUCUAUUGGAGCACAACUACAUAGCUGGCGUAGAAUUUGAUUCGAAUGACAUGGAUACGAGCAGAAGCGGGAAAUAUCCAACGAUAUUGAGAUACGCAUUGCGAUUUCCCAGCGAGCUCCGAACUGCACAGGGCCCGGUAGUUAUGAAUUGGCAGACGGACAGGCUCUUUCCAGAAAGCGACCCAGUCGGACCGCGUAACGACGACUUCGAUGAUGGGGGAGUGCCCGUUGGCUAUAUAGCAGAGGGAUUUCUACCAAUCCAGCAUGCGCUCACCAUGUCCUGGCUUAAAUUAGCCGCAGCAACUAAGUUGAGCGCAGAGAAAGAAGCCCAGCUUAAGGAAAUCAUGAAAAUUCUAGGUCUUCAAAAUUGGAUCCAUUGGGUUUCCUGGUUUAUAAUUACCUACAUCAGUAUUCUUCCAGUUUUUGUCUUUUUAAAUUUUUAUUUGGUGGCCAGUUUCUGUUUUACCUGUAUGGUAGCUGUGUUUUUUAAUAGGGCCACCACUGCAACUGCCGUCAUAGGAAUCGUAACCAUCCUAACAUUCGUACCUUCUUUCGCCGUUUUUCAUUUGUAUGAAAAGAUAGAUCUUGUGAGCAAGCUUGCCUUGUGUCUUAUAUUUCCUAAUACGGCAAUAGGAAUCGGGAUUUAUGCAAUUUUUGCAUUGGAAAAUUCUGGCGAGGGUCUUCAGUGGUCCAAUUUUUUCCGCUCUAUCUCGAUAGACGAUUCUCUAUCAAUUUUUCUUGUUUGUCUUAUGUUAGCAAUAGGAUCCGUAAUAUUCAUGUUAGUCUGUCUAUAUGUGGAGCAGAUAUACCCAGGUAACUACGGUGUACCUCGAAAAUGGAACUAUCUAUUCCAACGCAAAAUCUGGCAGUCACUUUUGGGCUUGGCUGUAACCUCUCCUGGUGAAAGCGGAUCAAGCAGCGAUAUAUCUGGCGAAAUAAAACGCUGCACCUGUCGACCCAAGUCUUUAAUUACAGACGAUGCUGCUCAGCAUGGUAUACAGAUCCAAAAUCUCAGAAAGCGCUAUGGCGAUGCAGUUGCUGUAAAAGACCUUUCCUUGAAUAUGUCUCGAAAUGAAAUUACUGUCUUGCUGGGCCACAACGGUGCUGGAAAGACAACAACCAUACAGAUGCUUACCGGCACUGUCGCGCCAACGUCAGGAACAGCCAUUAUCAAUGGAUGCGACAUCCGAACCCAGCUUAGAUGUGUCCGGAGCUCGCUUGGGAUUUGCCCGCAGCAAAAUGUUCUCUUUAACGAAAUGAGCGUUCACAAUCAUCUCGUUUUCUUCAGCAGAGUAAAGGGCUUGAAAGGAUAUGAGCUAAAUAAUGAAGUGGACAAAUAUUUGAAAAUAAUGGGACUAGAAGAAAAGAAAAAUGUUGCCAUUUCCAUGUUAUCAGGAGGCAUGAAGCGCAAAGUUUCCGUCUGCUGUUCUCUUUGCGGAAACACAAAAACGGUGCUUUGUGACGAGCCUAGCUCGGGUCUGGACGUAUCUGCUCGUCGCCAUCUAUGGGAUCUCCUGAGAUCUCAAAAACCCGGCCGCACUAUUUUAUUAACCACACACUACAUGGAUGAAGCAGACGCGCUAGCGGACCACAUCGCCAUUAUGAGCAAUGGCCAGCUACAGUGCCACGGCACGUCUUUUAGUCUUAAAAGGCAAUACGGCUUCGGCUACCGAUUAGUCUGCAUAAAGCAACCGGAUUGCGAUGUUGAACAGGUAACAGCAUUCCUGGCCAAGCAUAUACCUGACAUAAGACCGGAAAGUGAACUGGGAAGGGAGCUGAUAUACCGUCUUCCUGUUCAACAUACUUCAGUGUUCGCAGAUAUCCUUAGUGAUCUGGAGAAAAAAUCAAAUAAGUUGCAUUUGGAUGGCUAUGGUGUAAGUGUGGCCACAUUGGAGGAUGUUUUACAGCAGGUUGGGGGGGACAACAAAAGAGAAGUCGGUGGCCACGGCAUCAAAACGAAUCAUAACCGCUUACCAUCUGGCGCGGAGGAAGUCUCGGUCUUCGACACCGAUGUGUAUGAGUCGAGCUCGCGUACCCGCUGCCUUAUGCGUUGGAGAGCGAUGUUUAUGAAGAAGGCUUUGACAACCCAGCGUAGUUACUGGCUACUGAUUCUUCAGCUGGUACUACCAAUUAUUUAUAUGGGGUCAAUUGUAGCAUUUGUUUCAAAAUCUGAAGCAAGUACGCUUCCCCCCAUGCAUGUUUCUUUGAAGAAUUAUCCGAGUGCCUACGUGGUUCUGGAAGAUAAGUCAGGAGAGACAACGAAGCCGAUCUCAGUAGCUUAUGCUAACUAUAUUGGUUAUCAAGGUGGAGGGGUUAAGUUGCUGAGCACCAGUGGCGCAGACUUCGAGGAGUAUAUUCUGGAUGUGUCGAAGGAGAAACUCUUCCUUGUUGAUAAAGAGUACGUGGCCGGUGCGACCAUUUCGGAAAGUAACCUAACCGUCUGGUUGAACAACAAGCCAUUUCAUACGGCCCCCUUAACGCUUAACAUACUACACAAUGCUCUGGCCCGUCACCUGUUGGAUUCGAAGGCUGAAAUAGAUGUAACUCAUGCUCCUCUGCCAUAUACGGAGCGCAACACAAGAUCAAAGCUUUUGCAAUAUAUGUCCGGAGUAGGUGUUGUUUUAUACUGGAUCUCGCACCUAUUGUGGGACUAUGCAAUAUUAGUACUGACCGCGAUACUAGGAAUAAUAACUGUUGCUCUUUUCCAGUUGCCGGGAUAUUCUACCCUUGGGGAUAUAAGCCGGAACCUAACUGUGUUUCUAUUUUUUGGAAUUUCAGCACUACCCUUCAUAUAUUUAAUAUCCAAUUGGUUUGUCGACCCGGCUUCGGGAUAUUCGUACAGCUCAUCUGUGUGCAUGAUGUUGGGCCCACUUCUAUAUAUGAUAAUUCAACUUUUUUUCGGUGACCCAAACAUAAUUCAAAAAGCGAUUCUAGCUACUGCUCGUUUAUUUCCCCACUAUUGCCUGGCUGAAGCCCUGUCUUAUCUCUACAUUAAUUUUAAUUUACACAAGAGUUGUAGCAACCCGAUGCUGACGAGGUUAACGCAUGAAGAUCUUUGCAAAUUCGUACCCGCUUGCUGUAAUGUUCCAGGAUACUUUGCAUGGAGGAAACAUGGCAUUAUGGUGAAUAUACUGUUCUUUCUUGGGUCAGGCACGUUAUAUCUGCUAUAUAUUAUGCUCUUGGAUGCGAAAAAGUGUGAGUGUCUGCCUGAUUUGUUAAAGGGGACUAAAAGGCAGGAGGCUGGUCAAAAUUCGGAUCCCGAUGAUGUUGACAUCGAACGAUCAACCGUUGCUAAUCUCACAGAAGCGGAACGGAACGAUCUUCCUCUUGUCGUUGAUCGCAUAAAAAAGAAGUUUGGAAAAUUCGUUGCGGUCAAAGAACUAUCAUUCUACGUUGCACCAGGGGAGUGCUUUGGCCUGUUGGGUGUAAACGGCGCGGGCAAGACGACCACUUUCAAGAUGCUUACUGGAGAUAUACGAAUCGGAUCGGGAACUGCAUAUGUCGAAGGCAUCAACCUGCAGAAGCACAUGAGCAAAGUGUACGACAGAAUUGGCUAUUGCCCGCAGUUCGAUGCGGUAAUUGGGGAGUUAACAGGACGGGAGACAAUGCGGUUUUACUGCAUGCUGCGCGGGGUGCAGCGGAAAUACAUAAAGACGGUCUGUGAAGAUUUGGCCAUCAGAUUGCUCUUUAUUCAGCACAUUCAAAAGCCGAUCAAACACUAUAGUGGAGGAAGCAAGCGCAAGCUCAGCCUCGCUAUAUCUCUGAUAAAUAACCCGUCCGUCCUAUAUCUAGAUGAGCCAUCGGCCGGUAUGGAUCCAGGUGCACGUCGACAAAUGUGGAAUCUAUUGACGGAGUUUCGAGAGCAUGGCAAGGCUGUUGUUCUGACCUCCCACUGCAUGGAGGAGGUUGAGGCCUUGUGCAUGCGAGUUGCUAUUAUGGUGGAUGGAGAAUUCAAGUGCAUAGGCACUACACAGACCUUAAAGAAUAAGUACUCCAAGGGUUUCGUACUUAAAAUUCGGGUGAAAGAGGGCGGAAGGUCAACAUCGAGCGUGAACCAAGGCCUAUCAACCGACAGUGAUGUUUUUGAUUGCGAUAAUUGCACGGGACAAACUGAUUUGGUCAAAAAAUUUAUAGCUCACAAAUUACCCGAAUCAGUUUUAGAGGAAGAAUUUCAAGGACAACUCACUUACUUUAUUCCAAUUGAAAGUUCCACGUGGUCGAAAAUAUUUAAGAUUAUCGAAAACAAUAGCACAAAAUUAAACAUAGAAGACUACGCAAUCACGCAGACGACUUUGGAUGAAAUAUUCUUGGAGCUUGACAAAACCCGUACUAAUAUUUAACGGCAUUUAGAAAACACUUAUAUAUCAAUAGAUAUAAUGAAUUAAUUUAUGACCGCACAAUAGUAAAAUUAAAAUAAAA